CCCUGAGAGGAUUGUUGGGAUGAGAUGAAUGCACGCAUGCUAACACUAACACGGCCUCAGUCGUCUCCGUGCACACACAGUUCAAAGGUCAAGCUCAGAGGAUGAAGGUGAGAGAGUUUCUCGUGGCCAUGGUACUGCUGACUGGCCCACAUGUCCGACUUGCGUCUGGUUCUGAUUGGUCAGACGUUGGACACGAUGAGGACGUCCACCCCAACACUCUGAGAGAAGCUGACGUGGAAGGGGCAGACCUACACCAGGACAACUAUGAGGAUGCAGACUGGCAUCCUUCUCGUGUCCUUGAAGAGACACCCAUUGACCCCCACCAAGAGGCUUUGCUGGACACAAGCGGGCACGACCUCCCCGGUCAUCCUGGCGCCAGUGCGGCGGCGCACUGUGGUGAGCAAAGUUCUGACGGUCACUGCAGACUGAGAACAACGCUUCCCCCGGUCGGAGAGGCGCAGAAUCGCUGUCCCGACAUGUUCCGCUGCUCGGAUGACGUUUCCUUCUGGCUUCAUGAGAACCAGAACCGCCAGGAGCAAGUGGAGGAGAUGAGGGAGACCAUGUCGGAGCUACAGGAAGAGCUGAGGAAUCACCGCCAUCGAGUCCAGGUCCUGGAGAUGCAGAGGGAAGAAAGCGCUCGUCCACACUGGACCUUUCACCAGCGUUUGCGCCCGCUGGAGGGGCGUCACAACGAGGCCAGGGCGCUGCUGCACGUGCACGCGGAGCUGCUGCAUGAGCUGCAGGCACACGUCCACAACCUGUCGGACGGUGUUCGCCACGUGAGUGCAAGCACGGGCUGCACGGCCAAGGACGCCCACGCCGGCCGGCCGCUGGGCCUGCGUGACACUUUGGUGCCAGACAGACAUCAUGUGUCCAUGUGUCCAUCAGAUUGUGCGUCUUUGUAUCUCAAUGGUGUGCGACAUUCUGGUGUUUACAUCAUCGUCCUGUCACCGGGUGCAAGCGCGCCAGUCUACUGCGACAUGGAGACAGAAGGUGGAGGUUGGACGGUCCUCCAAAGGCGGCACGACGGCUUGUUGAGCUUCAACCGCGCCUGGUCCGAGUACCGCGACGGCUUCGGGGAACCCCGUGGGGAACACUGGCUGGGCAACCAACAGCUCUACCUGCUGUCCAACCAAGGUCACUACAGCCUCCGCAUUGACAUGCAGGACUGGAGCCACGCCCACCGCCACGCCCUGUACAACAACUUCAGGAUCGAGGAUGAGGAGAACCAGUACCGCCUGCAUGUGUCUGGUUUCAGCGGGACGGUGGAGGACUCCUUCGCUUGGUACCACGACCAGCAAGGCUUCAGCACGCCAGACACGGGCAAUGUCUGCGCCGAGAUCAGCCACAGCGGAUGGUGGUUCCACCAGUGCUUCUACGCCAACCUCAACGGCGUCUACUACAAGGGAGGUCGCUACUCUCUGAAGGCUCAGAACCUGCUCGGGCCGGACGGAAUCAUCUGGUUCUCCUGGAAGGAUUCGGACUUCUACUCCCUCAAGGCCGUCUCCAUGAUGAUGCGACCGCACAACUUCAGGUCGUGGGUGUCUCCAUAGCGACUGCGAGCUCACGACAAAGCCCCUCCCCCCACCAUGAGGGCUUCAAGUUGGCACAGAAACUUGCUGGUGGGAUUGAAAGGCCCCAGAAAGACACCCUGUGGUACACCUCAAAGUCUACCAGCAGCAGAAUGUAUUCACUCAGUGUGAACAGUGCUGACCUGAAAUCUGUGUUCCCUUUGUCAAUUUUAUCUGCAAGUUUACAAGUUAUCUGCGUCAUAAACAAGAGAGGAGUUAUUUCUUUCCAUGUUUAUUUAGUGACAGUAGCAGGUAAGAAGCCACACACCUAAAAGGGCUGAGGGGGAUCGGGUGCUCUUCUCAGCCAUCAAACGUGCACAAGACAACUUCUUCAGAGAGUCUUUACAGACGAAGGGAGAGAGGGACGGUGGGGUUUAUGUGGGGCGCUCCCUGGGGCGGGUAACGUACUGCCACCACAGAGGGGGAAGGUUGCCCUCCUGGCGGGCCGGAGGGAGGGCUUCAGUCUUGGGCCCACCGGCCGGAGUCUCAGCCUGCAGCUGGGCCACCUGGAAGCAACAAUGGGAAUACACUUGGUGGUCCAUUCAUCAGAUGAAAGAUUUUACAUCCUGGAGAUUCCCACCUCUUUAUCCCAGCUCUGCAUCCUCAGCUUCUUCCACUCCUCCCUCUUGGAGAAGUAGUCGGGGUACAUGGCCUUUUCUGACGGGUGCCACUGAUCCAGCACCCACUCAGGAAGCUACAAGGACAAAAUAGAAACAUUUUAUCUACAACUAAACUAACAAUUAGACAAACUGUACUUGAAUUUCACUUUGGUUAAAUUAGUAUACAGUGUUCGCUCGUUUAUUGCGGGGGAUACUGUAGGUUCCCAAAAUGGCCUGCAAUAAUUGAAAUCUGCGAAGUAGCCAACUAUAUUUUUGUACAAUUAUUAUAUAUGUUUUAAGGCUCCAAAACCCUUCAUCACACACUUCACAUUUCUCUCUUGUUUAAACACUCUAAGUUCACAUUUCGUUUGAAUUUUAAUGAUCAACUUACAAGAUUGGACAAGAAAUUAAGUGGCUCACACAUAUUUCACUCCUCCGUCUUGUCCUGGCGCCGCUAGGCUGUAGCGUUUUUGUAUCCUUAAAACAUCUUCCUCCUCCUCGUCCUCCAUGAACUGAAGAUUCAUUUACAGUAUUCCAAGCGCCCUACAGCCGCGCAACUUCUGCCUUCAUUCAGCAAGUAUGAUCGUUAGCUGCUAGCAGGAAACAGGAAACAGGCAGUCCUGCACGAAGGAGAUUGAUUGGCAAUGGUCUACAGCCAAUCACAAUGCAGAACGCAAUGGGCGGGUUCUCCCUUAGCCAAUCAGGACUGUUGUUGCUCUAGACAUACUGAGACCACUGGAUAUCUGAAGGUCUUCAACUCUCACAUGAUAUACAACACCCUCUACUGGUAGCAGUAGUGAAUAGAAUAACAGACAUGUGCUACAGAGCACAGAUAGAUCACCAAUACACCACAAGGACGCAGAACACAAUGCGCAUUCAUACAUGCAAAAUUGCAGUUAAAAAAAAAUCUGCGAAAGAGUGAAUCUGCGAAAGGUGAACUGCGAUGUAGCGAGGGAACACUAAUGAAUUAAAAAUAGGGGAACACGAUAAUUAUCAGGUUUAUAUGAGGGAAUUAUGACAUCACACCGAUAAAUCCAAUAACAUUAAAAAUACCUCGGAUAACGGCUCAUUUUAAAAAAACGCUCCAAUGAGGCGAGAUUACCCGUACUGUGCAGGUGAGUAAUUGAACCAAAUCAUGCCUGUGACGUUAACGUCAUGUCGUAACUUCCCCUGAGCUCGCUUGUAAACAAACGAGGAAAGACAUUCCGCGUGCUAGUUGUGCCAAAUGCUCCACGAUGGGGGCAAAAAAAUGAGGCCACACCUCCAGGUGUGCACAAAUUACACUUAAAUAAAAUUUUGAAAAAGUUCAUAUAAAAAAGUUAUCGGUACAAUAUCGUUCUUGAACGGCAGAAAGUUAUCAGUAUCGAUUAUUUAAAAAAAAUAAAAAGAUAUCGUGCAUCUCUAAUUAAACCAUAAGUGUUUGAAAAUGUUCUUGCUUGUUCUUUUCACACAGUCCAGCAGAGAGCAGUAACAUACAAUUACAGGCAGCCCAGGUUUUUCCCCAUACAUUCAUUAUCUGUGGCCCGCCACAAAAAAAUUUGGACCACCACGAAUAGAUUUGGCACUACCUUUUUUUGUUUUUCUUAGAUGCUUUUCUUAGUGCUAACUGGCGCUCCCAGUUAGCACUCGCACCCAAACACGUUAUAACGGGGUCUAUAUAGUGAUAUAUUAUGUGUAUAUUAUCUGUGUAGCGGUGCUGUUUGUAAUAUUGUUGUCAGCUAAUUUAGUUGCAUGAGAGGGUCAAAGAUUGCAAUGCAGACUGGCGUCCCACGCCGCCC